AUGGCGUCACUUCCGGGCCAGUCUUCCGCGUCCCUCAUCUCCACACACAACCGCGAGUCCGGGGACACAACCGACAGUACACGGGACGACGACGAAGCUCAUCUCACGGCCAAUAUGUCCCGACAGGGCGCUGGGAGUGACUGGUCUGGUGUGGAUGCCGAACGUUCAGGCGUGUCUCCCGGGUCGCGACGAAGAACGGUGCGGUACAGCGACUCUCCUCUCAAGAAGACCGGGACUACACUCAAGACUAUGUCUCGUAAUCUUCAACGCGCGUCGCUGCGAGUCGUCAACUUCGGUAACGGUGGCCUCGAGGACCAUGCCCGUUUGGACGACCUAGAUGAGGGCAAGAGGGAGCGUGAGGAGGACGAGGACGUGCACGAAGACGAGGUGCUGCCGGACUUGUCAAAAUCCAUGCCCAUUCGAGGACGCACGCUGGGAUUCUUCGGCCCUCGUAGCAGAGUGCGGCUUGCGAUGUACAAGUUCUUGCUAUUUCCAUGGACCGAGCCCAUUAUAUUGUUAUUGAUCAUUGUAAACGCCGUCGUCCUCACCAUUCAAGCUUCUCGCAACCAUGCACUACCCGAAGACUUCAAGGACGAUCGCCCGCCACCCCUCACGGGCUAUUUCCAUCGUUGGGAGGACUAUGCGCUCUUUGGGUUGUUCUGCUUGUUCACCCUAGAAUCGUUUGCUCGAAUAUGCGUCUCUGGCUUCCUGCUGGACCCGGAAGUUCCUGUCUCUACCUUUUUUUCGUCGCCGUUCGCAUCAUAUCCCGACAUCCACCGUCCCCCAAAUACCGCAGUCGAAGCCAGCUUCAACCUGAACCGUACCCCGUCACAUGCCGGUCCUCCACUCCGCAGAGGAGCUACGAUCACACAGCGUCUCCGGAACUUCCGUCAAAAUCUUGCCAGGCCUUUUAUGCUCGCACAUAACAAGGUCCCUCCCCAACCCACCUCCGCCGAUGCAAUCUCGAAAUCGGCAACACCCUCGCGAGCGCGUUCGGACACCGUGCAGUCCAAGUCACCGAUGAUAGAGAAAGUGAUGGAAGGCGCUCAAGCUGCUCACGCUCACAUGCGCAACCCUUCUGAGCCCACAUUCUUUGCUAAAGCAUUACGAUCCGACAACCCCAGCGACACUCUAGCCCUUCCCUUCCGACUCUCUGUCGCCGAUUCCAAAGGCCAGACACAGCGUAAUCUUCCUUACCUGCGACACAGUUGGACUCGAAUCGACUUCCUUGCAAUCGUUGGGUUCUGGGUUGCGUUUGGUUUGGCAAUGGCAGGGAUUGAGCACGGCAAGUACCACAUCGGCGUUUUUCGUGCUUUAAGUGUUCUUCGAACCGCAAGACUCCUUGCUAUUACAUCUGGUACCACGACAAUCAUGCGCUCGUUGAAGACAGCACGGCCCCUCCUCGCAAGUGUCGCAUACUUCGUGCUGUUUGCCAUGAUCUUGUUCUCAAUCAUUGGGAUCCAAUCUUUUGGCGGGUCCUUUCGUCGGACAUGCCAAAUUGCUCAAUCGCAAGGAGACCCGAUUCAACUUGGGAGCCAGUUCUGUGGCGGGUACAUUGAUCCAAACACGCUCGAAGAGGCUCCAUACAUCAACGCAGACGGUACCAAUGCGACGAUCAAGGGUUAUAUUUGCCCCUUGGGACAGACCUGCAAGGAGAGCGGGACGAACCCUCAAGAGAACAUACAAAGCUUUGACGCGAUCUACUUCGCAGCUCUGCAGGUCAUCAUCGUGUCAUCUGCCAAUGGGUGGUCACCCCUCAUGUACCAGAUGAUGGACUCGGAGUUCUUCGUGUCUUGCGUGUUCUUCAUCAUCUGCAUUGUCGUGCUCAACUUCUGGCUCAUCAACCUGUUCGUCGCGGUCAUUACGAACACGUUCUCCGCCAUUCGCUCGGACACCAAGAAGAGCGCCUUUGGGGCUGCACCUCUUGCUCCAGUCGUAGACGAACAAGAAGAAGGCUGGUCCAUGGUCGACGGUCGACGGGUCGCCGGCCGGAAUCGUUUACGAGACAUCUACGAGAACAUUCGUUGGUGCUGGGUUGGCUUCGCGCUUCUAUCCGUCGUCCUGCAAGCCACCCGGACGGUUAACAUGUCCGACUUGCACCAAGAAAUCCUUGACAAAGGCGAGCUAGCGCUUACAAUCACCUUCGACGUCGAGAUCGUAAUCCGUGUGUUGGCCUACCUCCCCGAUUGGAGGAAGUUCUUCUUCCGUGGACAAAACUUGUUGGACUUAUUUCUCGCGAUCGGCACAACGGUCAUUCAGAUACCCGCUAUCCACAACUCGAAAGUCUACCCUUGGCUCACAUUCCUUCAACUCAUGCGUUUCUACCGCGUCAUUCUUGAAAUCCCCAGGAUGAAGCCUUUGCUGCUCGCUGUCUUCGGAAAUAUGUACGGUUUAGCGAACAUGUCUCUGUUCCUCAUUGAAAUCAACCUACUCGUCUCGCUCGUCGCCGUCCAGCUCCUUAGUGGAGACGUCAAAGAGGGCGAGCCUGUUGAUUUCGGGACACUGUACAACGCCUUCAUCGCUAUCUACCAGAUCUUCUCAUCCGAGAACUGGACCGACGUGCUUUAUCAAGCAGCCAAGGCCGAGAUACCCCUUCGCCAAUCGAUAGUCACCAUCUUUUUCAUUGCUGGCUGGAUGUUUUUUGCGAACUACAUCGUGCUUCAAAUGUUCAUUGCCGUCAUCAAUGAGAACUUCGACGUCGCCGAAGAGUCUAAGCGUAGCAGACAGGCCUCUCACUACUGGGCGUCACAUCGACCACAACAAGUUCGAGCUGGAUGGCUUCGCAAGUUGAAUCCGUACCGGUGGUUGAAGGCUCAACCGAAGGCCAUCGAAGUCGAACUUCCGUCCAACUUGGUAUUGCCGAUGCAGAAAGCCCUUGUCCAGGAUUACACCCUCCCGAAAAGGGAAGGCUCCGUCAAGGAUGCGUCUGUGAAGCGUCAAGGCUCGUUGCGGAACUAUUCAGCGAAGUCGACCCUCCGCAAGCUUCAGCGCCUAUUCGCUGGCGAGAUCACUGCCGGCGACGUGCCCAUGACCACUCUCCGGAACACCCGUCGCGAUUCCACGGUGCCCGCCGAUGCGAUCGACGAAGAGACUGAACGACACUUGGAGGUCCUUGCCGCUCUUAACAACGACACUGUCGACGUGGAGGAACUCAACGAUGCGAUGUACGAGCGUCGUGCCCAGAAGGCUGACUUCAUUCGCGAUCAUCCCACCUACGACAAGACCUUCUGGAUUUUCUCACAGAAGAACUGGCUUCGGCGCAUGUGUCAAAAACUUGUAGCCCCGGCCGGUGGAGAUCGCAUUUUCGGCAUACCCCACUCCCCCAUUGCGCAUCCAAUCUUCCAACUUAUCCUGCUGCUGACGGUCGUCGCCGGAAUUGUCGUGGAGAGUAUUGCGACUCCUCUUUAUCGACGCCAAUUUUACAAAGACAACGGCCUCUUCCGCGGGACAUGGUUCGACAUCGCUGAGGGCUCGUUUGCACUCAUGCUCCUCCUCGAGUUCAUCAUCAAGAUUGUCGCGGAUGGCUUCUCGUUCACCCCAAAUGCUUAUGUCCGUAGCAUCUGGAACGUACUGGACUUCUUCAUCCUCGCCGGCGUCCUCAUCAACUCUGUUACGGGCCUCAUCUUCAUCGGCGGUCUCAGUCGCAUCACCCGGUCGCUCAAGGCUCUUCGGGCACUGCGUCUCAUCACUCUCGUCGAAAAGAUGCGCUCCACGUUCGAAUCACUCAUCAUUUCCGGAAUCGUCCGUAUCCUCGAUGCGGCCUUGCUGGCCAUCCUGUACAUGAUUCCGUACGCCGUUUGGGGGCUCAACAUCUUCGCCGGUAUCACCAACCAAUGCAACGAUACCGGCUCGGGCAUCAACUCCAUCUCCGACUGCGUCAACGAGUUCAGCAAUAACGCCGCGUUGGACGGGACCAACAUCAACUUGCCUUACUUGGUGCCUCGAGUAUGGGAUAACCCGCAGCCUUCCACCAAGUUCUCCUUCGACACUUUCCGCCAGUCGCUCCUGAUUCUUUUCGAGAUCGUAUCUCUGGAAGGUUGGAUUGAUGUCCUGGGUGUGGUGAUGGGUGUUCGUGGCGAAGGGUUGCAGCCUGUCAACAACGCGUCCGUCGUCAACUCCAUCUUCUUCCUCAUCUACAACCUGCUCGGUGGCGUCGUGAUCUUCACGCUCUUCGUUAGUAUCAUCAUCGGCAACUUCACCUCGAAGACAGGCUCCGCCCUGCUCACACAGCCCCAGCGCGAGUGGAUCGACUUGCAGAAGCUGAUCAAGCGGCAACGGCCUUCGAAGCGCCCGAAGCGACGACCGACCUGGGCAGUCCGACGGUGGUGCUUCGACCGAGCAGUUCACAAACACGGUUGGUGGUCGCGGAUGAUGACAACUCUCUUUGCUCUGCACAUCAUCGCCCUGAUGACGCAAACCUUUUCUCAGGAGAAGCUUCUGGAUGACAUUCGAGAGGGUUUUUUCAUCGCCAUAAGCGUCACCUACUGCGUCGACGUACUUGUCCGGCUCUACGGACUGGGUUGGACCAGUUACACCGCCAAUGGCUGGAACAUGUUCGACGUCGUGGUCGCCUUCGGCAGUUUCUUCACCCAGCUUAUCGUCCAUCUUGGCGCCUCGAGCUUCCUCAUUGACCAGCUUCAGAAACUCUUCAUCACAUGUAUCGCGCUUAAGCUGGUCCAGCGAGUCAAUAGUCUCAAUAAGUUGUUCAAGACCGCUGUUGGAAGUUUGCCUGUUAUCCUCAGUUUGCUUACUCUUUGGGUCAUCCUGUUCAUCUUCUUCGCCAUCCUUUACGUCGAAGUAUUCAGCUUGACGAAGUUUGGGACUGGCGAAACGCGGAACAUGAACUACACUAGCAUGGCUAAUGCACUGGUCAUGCUUGCGUUCAUGACUACCGGAGAGGGUUGGAACCAGUUCAUGCACGACUACGCAUCGGACUACCCUCGUUGCACCAUCAGCUCCGAUGGUGAUACCGAUUGCGGCAGUGUCGGCUGGGCCUUUGUCCUCUUCAUUGCAUGGAACCUCCUGAGCAUGUACAUCUUCGCCAAUUUGUUCACUGGUGUGGUGGUUGAGAGUUUUUACUACGUGUUUCAAAUGUCCGGCGGCGCCAAAUCGAUCACCCGAGAGGAGAUGCGCGCAUUCAAGAAGGUCUGGGCCGAGUUUGCAAACCCCAGGACCGGCUAUCUGGAGCGGCACAACUUCGUUCGCUUUUUCGGACGUCUCAGUGGUAUUUUCGAGGUCAAGAUCUAUCCAACGGAGCACUCCAUUCCUCGCAUCAUGGCUAUGUCAAGGGAUCCUCACAAUAGGCACUCACCGUCGGAGAAGAUCAUUGACGGCUUCGACUUCAACCGCACCGAAGCUGUUCUCGGCGGUCUUGACCGACCAGCGAUGAAGCGGAGGAAGAACCUAUACAACCGGCUCUACCACGAAGCUCGCAUCUCCCAUGAGCCCGGCAAAGGCAUCUCGUUCACGAACAUGCUCCUACUUCUGGCUCACCACAAGCUGAUCGUAGAUCGUGAAGCCCUCGUUCUGAAGGAUCUGGUUGUUCGCACGGAGACCAACAAACUGGUCACAGAUCUCGUCGAUUUUGAUCGAGUGCAGUCGCUCCUGCUCAUGAUCCUGUACCGCCGGCGGUAUGUAGCCCAACGUGAUCAGGCGCGGAUGCAGUACUUCGAGCAACCAGGAGUCCCGGCGAUUAUGAUCGACGAUACUCCCGCCACACCUCCACUAACAACAAGAGACAUCACUUCGCCAUUCCAGACCCCCGUCCAUCGUGCCACGGAUAUGGGGACCCCGAUGUCCAUGACUCCAGGUCUCACGUCUGCUGAUAUCUCGCUCACUGUGGAUACGCCGUCAAGACCAUUACAGCGUCGUCAACGCACAAGUGAUGCUAGCAUGUUGUCCAUCGACGCUGGCAGCAGAUUGGAUGGUUCGAUGCUCAGGGACUCGCGCGCGAGCGAUGACGACUUCAUGUCGUCCAUGAAUGGAUCCAUGUGGAAUGAUAUGAUGCUGGAAGCGGCGGAAGAGGACAAGGACUAA